AGGAGUGCGGCCUUCUUCGCCCCGGGCCCCUCAUGGCCUCGGCCUGCGCCGGGUGAGCCCGAGGGGCCCGGGAGCAGCCUCGGUCCCUACCCUGCGGACGCCAGGAGCCCUCGCCCUAGAGGCAGCCACCGGCCAAGCCACAUGGCCAUUCCGCAGCGACUCUUGCCCUGUCAACGAUGCGCCUGCAUGGCGGCGGCCUCCCCGACUCCACUGGCGCCCUGCUCUCCAGGGCCGGGCCCACGAGGAGCCCCAGCCAGGCCUUCGAGGACGCCUCGAAAGUGGCGGCGAGCGUGGUGUGGUGGGAAGAAUGCCGGCCACCUGAAGGCCAAGGCUGGGCCUUCGGGGCUUCUGCGGCCUGAGGCGGCGGGUCUGAGCAAGAACACUCUGCCAUCGCCAGCACAGGACGGGAGGCCCGCCCGUGGCCGAGCACGCAGACCUGGAUGAACCGAGGCCUGGNUGGACCUGGACGAAGGUGAGCGGGCCCCGAAUCACGGCGAGAGGAACGAUCGAUCCUUGGGCCGCGGGUCUUCCCUCCACCAGAGAGAAGCCGAGACGCGACAACCGCAAGCGGCCAAUCGGAAACGCUGUCGCCGUAGAAGGCCUGUGUAUAUAAUAUGAAAAAGCUGCUCUCAACCUUUCCCCCGACCCUUUUUAGACUUCUGGCUAAAUCUGGACGUCUAACUGUAGAGAUUG